CGCGGCCUCGCCUCUUGCGACCUCGAGCGCGGGAUUUAGAAGGCGCGAAGAGAGAGAAGUGUCGGAGCGCCGGGUUGGCGGGAGCGAGGGCCGCGAUUUAGUUCCCGCGCGGCGGGCGGAGGGGGCGUGCCAGACAAAGCCGUUGGGAGCCUCCUCGGGGGGCUGGUGGUGGUGGAGGAAAAGCGCGGAAUCAAGCUGCCUUUGCGCCUGUGCACAGAAUCGAAAAAGGAGAGCUCUCUGCCAGGUAGCGUGGUUUCUUCUGUAUUAUAUUGCCAGAUUCAUUGAUUGACCAGUCGAGAUGGGAAUCCAUGGUUUGGCCAAGCUGAUUGCAGAUAUGGCUCCUGCUGCCAUUCGUGAAAAUGACAUCAAGAGUUACUUUGGGCGGAGAGUGGCCAUUGAUGCCUCUAUGAGUAUUUACCAGUUCCUAAUUGCUGUACGGCAGGGAGCUGAAAUGCUGCAGAAUGAAGAAGGUGAGACUACAAGCCACUUGAUGGGAAUGUUCUACCGCACUAUCCGCAUGGUGGAAAAUGGCAUCAAGCCUGCCUACGUCUUUGAUGGCAAACCCCCCCAGUUGAAAUCGGGUGAAUUGGCUAAACGCACUGAGCGGCGGACAGAAGCAGAAAAGCAGCUGCAAGAAGCCAAAGAGAUGGGUGAGGAGGAAAACGUAGAGAAGUUCAGCAAGAGGCUAGUUAAAGUGACUAAACAACACAAUGAUGAGUGUAAAAAAUUGCUGACCUUGAUGGGUAUCCCAUAUGUAGAUGCUCCUGGUGAAGCUGAAGCUAGCUGUGCUGCACUGGUGAAAGGAAACAAGGUCUACGCAGCUGCGACUGAGGAUAUGGAUUGCUUGACCUUUGGCAGCCCUGUACUAAUGCGACAUCUUACUGUGAGUGAGGCAAAGAAACUGCCCAUUCAGGAAUUUCAUCUAAACCGUGUUCUUCAGGAUAUGAACUUGAGCCAGAAAGAAUUUGUGGAUUUGUGUAUAUUGCUAGGUUGUGAUUACUGUGAAAGCAUCCGUGGAAUUGGACCCAAGCGUGCAGUGGAACUCAUCAGGCAGCACAAAAACAUAGAGAAGAUUAUUCAGCAACUAGAUACUAAGAAGUAUUCUGUGCCUGAAAACUGGCUGCAUAAGGAGGCCCAAAAACUCUUCUUGGAGCCUGAAGUUGUAAACCCAGAAGAAGUGGAACUGAAGUGGAAUGAGCCUGAUGAGGAAGGGCUUGUUAGCUUCAUGUGUGGAGAGAAGCAAUUCAAUGAAGAAAGAAUUCGUAAUGGGAUCAAGAGGUUAAACAAGAGCCGACAGGGAAGCACUCAGGGCCGGCUGGAUGAUUUUUUCAAAGUGACUGGCUCUAUUACCUCGGCUAAGCGUAAGGAGCCAGAACCUAAGGGAUCAGCCAAAAAGAAGGCCAAGAGUAGUGGUUUAGCAACGUCAAAAUUUAAGAAAGGGAAAUAAAGUUCUAGAUCAACGCUAAUUCCUCAACACUCCACUUUUCCUUGGAUAAAAUAUAUUAAGCAGCAAAUUCAGGCUCUUUUCUGUAACAUACAAUUGACUUAGGAUACUCAAAAAGUGAAACAAAUACAAUGCUACUGUAUUCAAAAAGAUGUUUGGAACCUGCUGAUCAAUGGUGCCCAAAUAUUCUUGUUUAGGGACUCAUGUCACCUUGAGUGUUGUGAAAUUUUAAUCAUGGCAUGUAUUGUGUUUAAUCUGUUAUUGUUAACGAUAGUGUGAUGAAAUGGUUUAAUUUUGAGUUGCAGAUUUCAAUGUAUGUUGGCAACCUGCUAAAUGUGUAUAGAUACUAAAAUAAAUUUUAUAAGAUUGCAAUAGUGUUAAUAGAAAUAUCUGCUUUACACUUUUUAAAAGUAUAUAAUAAAUCUCAAUUUUCAUUA